UGCCUACACGAGUUAGUGAAGCUUGCCGGCAGAAACGCCACAAAUAGCGCCGAGUUACCUGCCUUUAUUAGCCAGCUCACCGUCACUUGGGCGAGGGGCACACGUAACUUCACAUCCCCUCCCCCUGGCUCGCAUCCAAGCUACCGGUAUUUGCCGGUCGCCACGGUCGCCUCUGGGCUGGGCCGGACUGGUCGACGCUAGUCUACCUUAAGUGAGCUUACUGCUCCCCCUGCCUCCGGCGGCGACGAAGUACAUAAGAACUGCGCGAGCAGCAAGACAGACCGCCCCCGCUCCGUUGCACCCUGUUGUGCAUCCUCUCUGUUGUUUCCACGCCGCGCGGCACUCCCAAGUCAGAGACAAGAACGGUUGCCUCACAGGCUGACGGCACAAGAUGGCGGACCGCCAUGCCACUCUAUCUCAGACCUUCGCCGAGCGGGCCAAGACGGCGGCGCACCCGCUCACGCGCUACCUCUUCCGGCUGAUGGACCUCAAGGCGUCCAACCUCUGUCUCAGCGCCGACGUGACCACGGCGCGCGAGCUGCUGGCGCUGGCCGACAAGGUCGGGCCCUCGAUCGUGGUGCUCAAGACGCACUACGACCUGAUCUCGGGCUGGGACUACAACCCGCAGACGGGCACGGGCGCCAAGCUGGCGGCGCUCGCACGCAAGCACGGCUUCCUCAUCUUCGAGGACCGCAAGUUUGUCGACAUCGGCAAGACGGUGCAGAUGCAGUACACGGCCGGCACGGCGCGCAUAAUAGACUGGGCCCACAUCACCAACGCCAACAUCGACGCCGGCAAGGACAUGGUGCGCGCCAUGGCCGAGGCCGCGGCCAAGUGGAAGGAGCGCAUCAACUACGAGGUCAAGACGUGCGUCACCGUGGGUACGCCCGUGUCGGACCAGUUCGACGAGGCCGACGAGGCCGACGAGCAGCAGCAGCAGGAGGAGGAGGAGGAGCAGGCGCAUGCGGGGGGGCAGGCGCAGGGUCAGGGGCAGGCGCCGGCGUCGUCGUCGUCGGCGCACGCCUCGGCGCAACAGCGAGAUGACAAACGUGAGCCCCGCAGGCUCGCCGCGCAGGAGCAGCAGUCGAAGGAGGGCAAAGACGUUGACGGGCGGAAAGGGAGCAUCGUCUCCAUCACGACGGUGACGCAGUCGUUCGAGCCCGCCGACUCGCCGCGGCUGUCCAAGACCCACGAGCAGGGCGACGACGCCGUGUUCCCCGGCAUCGAGGAGGCGCCGGCCGACCGCGGCCUGCUGCUGCUGGCGCAGAUGUCGUCCAAGGGCUGCCUCAUGACGCCGGCCUACACGCAGGCCUGCGUCGAGGCGGCGCGCGAGCACAAGAGCUUCGUCAUGGGCUUCGUGGCACAGCAGUCGCUCAACGCGGCGCCCGACGACAACUUCGUCCACAUGACGCCCGGGUGCAAGCUGCCGCCGCCGGGCGAGGACGAGAACGGCCAGCUCGAGGGCGACGGCCUCGGGCAGCAGUAUAACACGCCGGACAAGCUCGUCGGCGUCUGCGGCACCGACAUCGUCAUCGUCGGGCGCGGCAUCAUCUCGGCCGCCGACCCGCCGUCCGAGGCGGAGCGGUACCGGAGGAAAGCGUGGAAGGCGUACCUGGCGCGGCUGGCGUGAAUUAACGGGGCGAGCAAAGCAACGUCUUUGUUUUAGGAUGGUGAACUCCCCUGUGGGCAUUCGGGAGCAUGUCUGCGACAGAAACAAACGGGGCCAGCAGACAGGGUCGGCAAAACCAAAAACAAGAGAGCGCCAGGCGAAAGGACCCCAGCGGGUUUCAAUUUUGAAUUUCGAUAUAGGGGAGGAAAGGAGGGGAUGGAAGGAGGGAUCCAAAUCUCGG